AUGAAAUGAAUUGUACACGAAUCACAUUAAACGCUAUAAAUAUAGAACCGAUCGUAUUCUUGUUACACAUUCGUCUAUCAUCUGUAACUGUCAAACUUCUGUCUCACUAGCGAGCGAUCCUGUUUCGAAUUUUGAGAAGACGAAAUCAAAAGUACAAUGAAUAUGAUAACUGUAAUCUUCUACGUAGCUGUAGUGGUAUGUCUGGCAAAUGGUGCUGCCAUACAAUUGGAACCAAAGAUAAGUAGAGGUGCUAGUACUUAUGAAAGAGUUCUUGUAGAGAAACUGAUGGAACAGCUUCUGGUUGAUCGAAUGCUCGAGAAUAAUGACAUCGAACCUCAGAAUGAAAUACUGGUUAAUGAAGUUGCUGAAAAUCGUGAGUUGGAAGAUCUUAAAGUUAUGAAAUGUUCUUGGAAUCAGAAUAUAGGGGAAUGCUGUUCUGGUCUGUUUAGCCUCCCUAAGUUUUGUAUUCGAAUGGGAAUUUUCGACGACGAAAUGCAAUUCUCCUUAAGAGUAGGUAGUGCUGAGAUUCUGAAGAAAACUUACCGAGGAGCAAUUACCAAAACUUUCAGUUUUGAUGUUGGAAUUGCUAAAAUCUCAUUUACAUUGGCAGUGGAGAAUUUAAGCACCCAAAAUUUUAAAGCGUGCUUCCGUAUAAACUACAAUGUUAUAUUUUUCCGUUUCUCAAAUAAUCUCGGCUGUAUCAACAAACAUUUUCUGCCCAAUGAAAUGAGCCCGCUCAAAAGUAUAGAAGAUUGGGAUACAAAUGAUAAAAUUUCUUUUGGUACACAAGAUUUUGAAGUUGACGAGCCUAACAGAGUUGAGUCCCCUGGCGAAAAAACGGAAAUGAAAAUUCGCAAAAUUGGCCGAGAGAAUCCGAGAAGAGGAGAGUGAAAUGAAAGACUGUAGUUACGUUCGUUCGUAUACGGUUUGAAAUAAAAAUAUGAAAAGCUUAAUAUGAAAUAAUAAUAAAAUCAUCAUCUAGAUAUCUAACAGUAAAUACUGUUAACACAUAUAAAAAAAAACAUAUAAAUUUAGCUAAUGAUAUCUGUGACUUUUUGGAAACUAAUUUGUCUGCAAUAAAUAUUUCAUUAAUUUA